AUGCAGAUUUCCAAUGUAAUUUUAUUAACUCUUCAAAUUUUACUAGUUUGUUCUGACCAUAAUCUGCCUUCAAAAUCUGUCAAAAUCGAUCCUAAUACUGUUUUCGUCCUUUUUGGAACUCGGUGAGUUCGCGCCUAUUUCAUAUUUGUGAAAUAACCUCAUUAAGGAAAAUGUAGAAAAGGGUAAAAUUAUUUGAUUCAUUGAGCAUUUUUGUAUGAAAAAAUAAUAGAGAUGAAUCGCUGCAAAUUAUAUUUCUUCUUUUUCAGAACUCAAAGACUUUCAAUUCGGGUGUUACUUGCUUAUAUUUCAAUAGAAAAAACAGGAGAAAUCUGCUGUUCAUAUUUCAAAGCUCUUUUUUAGCUUUUCUGUCUCGAAAUUAACAGAAAAAAGACAUGAUUAUUUGAAGAAAAAUAAACGCUUUGCAACAAGAUUUCAGAGUAUUGGUUAUCACGAAAAAAAAAUUCAAAAAGCGGAAAACCCGUGUUCUUCGAGUCGAAAGACCUUUUUUACCAGACAUGGAAAUCGAAAUCCGGGCCAGUACCUUCCAGAAAACCCUCGAACUUGGGGCUUCGAAGGAUUCAACGAACUGACUAGUGUGGGUCUUUCUUUUAGAGUUUUUUUAUUUGUCUCCUUCUAGGUCGGAAAACGCCAAAGUUACGGGCUUGGAACGGAGCUGCGCAAGUUCAUUGGAAACUUGGUUUUGUGCGAAACAUCUUUUGAAGAGUUGAAAACCGGUUGUUCAGACAUCAAACAACUACAACGCGUCCCAAGUCUCGUACUAUUCGAGCUCAGCCAAUCGCUGUCAAAUGACUUUGCAGGUCGACCGUUAAACUUUAGAAAAAAUGCCGUAAAAAGGGAGAAAGGAAUAAAUAAUAACCAGUUGUUCAGGUUGGGUUGUGAUUUUAUUGAAGACAGAAAAUGAUGAUAGUCUCCGAGCGGCUCGAAGUAUUGCCUUUCAAACUUCAAUUUCCAAAGGAACAAGGAAAGCGUUCUAGACUUGACAGCCAUAUAUUACUGAAUUCAUAUUCUUAACAAACAUUUGAGAUUCUCUUUUGUGGCUUUCAGUCAAUUAAUAUUGACCGAUCUCGAAGUUUCUUUGGUCUAAAAAACUAUCAAUCUGAGAUGAAAGCUCGGGCUGCGUUUUUUGAACUUUUUCCAUUGCACUCAGAUUUAUGAUCAAGGGAAAAAAGCUAAAAUGUUGUGUUUCAAGUGAAAGUUGCAGACAGUACUGGCCGGUCUGCACCCUCCAGAGACCUGGGGCGACUGGAACACGGCUGUUCUGGAUCAUUGGAGCCCCGUCCCCUACAGUAUCAACGACCAACUUCUGCGAAUGUACUCCGUGUCAGAGUGCACGCAAAGCAACGUCGGUCCGUUUUGAAGUAUUUUUUUCGUUUUUCAAACGGCUAGAUCGAGAACAGUUACCAGCGUUAUCAGUGAAAUUACACCGCGGUCACAGUUUGAUUUUUGUUUCAAAGUCAGGCAACUUUUUUUCCGAUUCUGAAUAACUAGUUUUCCAUCGUUAAUGUCCUUUUCGAAACAGUUUAACGCGAAUAAACCAGAAAACUCAAGGCGAAAGCGCCAAAAAAAGAAAAAGAGAAGACGGUAACAAUCUACCUGAUCAAGACAGAGAAAAGUCAAAGAUCGUCAGAUCUUUUUCUAUGAAGGUUUUGUACCUUUCAAAUGAACAAAGUUUGGAAAACAUAUAGGUAAAUGAAAGUUAGACCAAAGCCUUAGACCAAGGCUGCGCAAAAAUGAAAAUAUGAGAAAAAAAAAUUUAAUAUGUGGCGCAAACGUUGAAAAAAAAGAGACUAACUAGAAAAAAUGAGAACGAAAUUCGGAAGCUUUUCCUUUACCAAGAAAAAUGAUUAGUGAACAAGAAGCUGAAAAAUCAAAAAGAUCUAUCCUCAGCUUAAUGUUUUUUUCUUUUUCAAGUGUGGAAACCGAUUGACAAUGAUCAGCUGCCCCAUCUGAAACAACUUCUGACCGAGAAACGACAGCUUCUCAACUACUUCCAGGCGAACACUGGCUGGAACAUGUCCAAUUUGGGCAAUGCGGCCGAUCUUGCCGACAAUCUCAUCGAAAUUGUUAGCCUUAGUUUAUUUGUUCAUUUAGGAUAAAAAGAUAUUUUCAGAAUCUCUACAACGCAACUCUGCCUGCUUGGAUCACGAAGCCGACCAUAAAUUACACUCCACAACAGAUCGAAUCCGAGAUUAUGAGCUUUGGUGACUAUUUAUUCUUUGAUUCAAAUCUCAAACUGCCAGCUUUUUCAGCGGAAGUUCACCAGAUCGCCUGCGCCGACUACGCCCCCUGCAGAAACCUGAUGGCCGGCUAUUGGCUCACCGACAUUCUCAGUAAAUUGCACAAAGCGAGUAACAACAGCGACCAGAAAGUAGCCGGAUACGCCUCGGUUCUUUCCAAUUCGAGAUUCGAUGACCCAGGUCUUUUCUCAGCACACCGAGAUCACUCUUUCCGUGAUGAAGCUACUGGGAAUCACGAAAGAUGAGCUGACCACUUCCGCUGGAUUUGUUGUAGAGCUCAGGUAAUUUGGAUUUCCGUCAAUGCACUUGUCCGUCUUGUAGGAAAUUGCCAUAUCCAUCGAUAAGACUGCUGAACCACGACCCAAACCCAAUCGACAGCCACGUUAUUUAUCCGGUAGACCUAUUUUUCUGUUGAAAAAUACAUCGGGAUUUUAAGGCAACUCUAGUUGACGCUCUGGAGGCACGGAAAGACUCAAACGGCUUCAUCAACCUGACCGUUUUCGAGAACUACGUUAAACCCGCCGAGGUGAGACCUAAAUACUUUAGCUCAAAGUCAUUACCAAAAACUAAAAAAAAUUGCAAAAUUAAUCAAUGUUUUUGAAUCGAACGCUGGUAUAUGUGCAUGAAGCGCACAGGCGCCAAAGUUUCCAUAAUAAAAUGACGUUUCUCAGGACUAUUCCAACUGGAAAAAGGCUUGUGGAAUCGCAGCACCCACCUCCUCGGCAUCAUCUUCAUUCCUCAAAACAGCGGUCCUCAACGCCACGAUUCUUUCCUACGUCAUGGGCAGACGUUAA